AUGCGCUUCACGUUCUUGCCGCCACACGCGCUGGGUCGAGCGCCUGUCCGACCAGCUGCUGCGCCGACUGAUCCAUCGAAUGCUGAUCAAUCGAGUGCCAAUCCAUCAAGCGAUCAGCCAGGUGCUGCACCUCCAUCAAGCGAUCAGCCAGGCGCUGCAUCUGAUCCGGCGACUGGUACGAAGCGCCGCCACGAUGAUGAGGAUGGCCCAGCUAGUGCUGAUGAAGUCGACGGCGGCGACUCGAGUGGCGAACCUCAUAGUCUAGAGGAUAUCAUCCAGAGCAUCGAGACUUCUGGCGAUAAUACUGCCGCUGAGGCCGACGACGAUGACCAAGUUGUUGACCCAAUGGCACAUAUGACUCCUGACAUUCUUAGCCUACAGCUUGCUACAAAGCAGACUGUUGAAGACCUCAAGCAGCUCACUGUCGAGGAGGUUAUUCAGACCGCUGAGUAUCAAAUGCGAGACGACGAUCAGAGAGACGAUGAACCUACUGCUGUCCCUGGCCAAGAGUUUGUUGAGGUAGAUGAGGCUCACGCGCCUCAGCAACAGCAACAGCAGCAAACAACUGUUAUGCUACCACCUGCUCGCCCAUCACCACUUGAUCAAUCCGAAGCUUACGACCAGAAGAAGGGCUGCAAGGUUAGCACUCUGAGCAACCUGGAGCGGGCUUUCGGACUCUGGCUGCAGGAUGUAGGUAUUUCUCGCUCCGACUACACCUCACUGCACAAGAUCUUCACGACUCUUCUCCCAGACAGCGAGAUCGCACCGGGCAGCAAGCUUGGUGAGCUACCGAAGUCUAUUGAUACCGUCAAGCUGCACCUGAAGUCAGUGCUUCCAUUGCUGGAACUGCGAUACCAAGAGAUCGCGCUUCAAAAGCAGAAGACGCUGCCAACCGCAUCUGGCAAGGAGACUACCCAUAGGCCAUUGUUCUUCUUCAAUCCACAGCAGCUGUUCACACGCAUACUAACCUCCGACAUUGCAAAGAACAUGCACUCGGGCUUGGCUUACCUUACUGAUCUGCCUACUGAGCUGUGCCACUCUCGUGCAUGGGCCAGUUCUAUCCGCACGACUUCUGGUGCAUUUGCGCGAUACCCUGGUCAGCUCGACACCAUAUCGGCUUCACGCUACACUGAUGAGCCUGCUCGCGGACCGCCGCCGGUACCACCACAGCAGAAGAAGAAGUCUCGCGGCAGGAAGACAGCUCGCGUCGAUGAAGAAGCCGAGGAGCCGCCUAUGCCAGCACCUCCAGUCGAUUGGACGAGAGCCAGAGCCGAAUCCCUUCGCAGCCACUACCACAAGACAAGUUCGACUUCGCUGUUCGACUUGUUGUUGCAAGCGACGGCAGCCUUCGACCCAAUCUAUCAAGCACACCCGAUUCGCGGCGAGCUAGAGAUCAUAGUCUAUGGUCGCAAGCCACUGCUUAACAAGCUCGACGCUCAAGAUGGAGUGCGGGCUAUAUCCGCUCCAUAUCUCAUGUUCAUGGAUAGUUUCGGUCUAUACCGCAACAUGCGUCGAUCCUUGAUGGGCUGGUACAUUACGCUCGCAGGCCUGACUAUGCAGGAGCGCAAUCGGACGAGCAAUAUGAUUCCUUUUACACUUGGACCUCAUGGCAGCAAUACUGAAGAUGUGAUUGAGGCUAUCGCCCCAUGUCUCCGAGCCUUGGAAGCUGGCCAACUUCUUGACCUCCUAGACGGCUCUGGCUAA